CAGUGAAUGUCGUCGUCUGUUUGAUUGAUCUUAAGAAAUCGGAAAUGGCAGAGUCGAGGGUUGUAGUUCCGGAGUCAGUCCUGAAGAAGAGGAAGAGAGAGGAGGAGUGGGCUCUCGCGAAGAAGCAGAGCGCUGAAGCUGCCAAGAAGACGAACGCCGCCAACAGGAAGGUUAUCUACAAAAGAGCCGAGCAGUACGCCAAGGAGUAUGCCGAGAAGGAGAAGGAGUUGAUCUCUUUGAAACGUGAGGCUAAGCUUAAGGGAGGUUUCUAUGUCGACCCUGAAGCUAAGCUCUUGUUCAUCAUCCGUAUUCGUGGUAUCAAUGCCAUUGACCCGAAGACUAAGAAGAUUCUUCAGCUCUUGCGUUUGAGACAGAUAUUCAACGGUGUGUUUCUCAAAGUUAACAAGGCUACAAUGAACAUGCUUCGUCGUGUUGAGCCUUACGUGACUUACGGGUUCCCCAAUUUGAAGAGUGUUAAGGAAUUGAUCUACAAGAGAGGAUACGGAAAGCUUAACCACCAGAGGGUGGCUUUGACUGACAACUCUAUCGUAGAGCAGGCUCUAGGUAAACAUGGGAUCAUAUGCACUGAGGAUUUGAUCCACGAGAUUCUAACAGUUGGACCUCAUUUCAAGGAGGCCAACAACUUCCUGUGGCCAUUCCAACUCAAGGCACCGCUCGGUGGCCUUAAGAAGAAGAGAAACCACUACGUUGAAGGUGGUGAUGCUGGAAACCGUGAGAACUUCAUCAAUGAGCUUAUCAGGAGGAUGAAUUAGAAUGUUUUCUUUUCAAAAUUCAGUCUUAUUAUCUAUGUUGUCUUCACCAAAUGCUUCCUCCAGGAUUUUGAUCAAGUUAAAUGACAUUUUGAGUUAUUUUUGCA